UCAAACAUGUGGAUAAGCGUGAGAUCGUCCUAGUUGGGCGACCGACGAUGCGACUGACGGAAUCGGUCGUCGAUGCGACGAAGAAAGACAAGCAUGUUUGUCUUUGGUCGUGCGGGUCGUCAGACCGACUAGUGCGAUUGUAGACCUUGAAGAGUGAACAUGUCUGAGUUGUUGAUCAGUGAAGUGCAAAAACACCCCAGUUUAUGGAACCUAAAUCAUCCCCAAUAUCACAACAGGUUAAUGAGCGAUCGUCUAUGGGCUUCAGUAGCUGAUGAACUAAAUAUGACAAGUAUGCCAAUGAUUAUCCACUCGGAAGGUGAAAUCUAGAUGGGUAUGUAGACUAUACGGCGAGAACGAUUCGACUAUUCAGGAGCUAUUCAGGAGCUAUUCAGGACUAAUCAUAUCAGUGAUGAUUUCUCUGUGAUUUCAAGGUUGAACUCUAUAAUUGAGAUCAGUAGAGUUCAAUCAAUUAUCAAAUAAUUUAACAAAUUUGUGAUCGAAAGAGGAUUGUCGGGGAGGGAGUCCAAUCUCACAAGAUAUCAAACUAUCUAGAUAUGAACCAAAAAAUUUAAAUAAAUAACUAUCACUUUCCUGAAAGAUACCUUCUUAAGAACUCAAUACAACAAUACUUUAUAGAAUGAUAAAAUUACGUGUCUCAGAGUCAUUCGCCUUUUCAGGAUCUCUGCAGUUCAGUUUAUAACGAUGCAUGGUUUUUCAGAACAGAUAAUGCAACGGUGAAAAUAAGAGCUCCAAAAUAUUAAUCUUGGAGAGGAAUAGUUUUCUGAUAUUCAAUUUCCUGUUCUAGUGACAUUAAAUAUUUAUACGCAAUAAUUACAUAUCAUUUGAGAAGCUAUUUCAGAA